ACCCCUGCCACUUUAGGAGGUAGGACGGGAUUUCAGUUCUUUGGCUUCUUUCUUUUUCUUUUUUAAAGCAGCGGAUCAUGGACGAGACCACCGAAACUGACUUUACUUUCAGUUUGAAUCUUACUGAAUCUUUACUUUUCCAAGGCUUCAGCACGCCUCCAACUGAAAAUAGUCCUGCAUAUAGUUCUGAAUAUACUACUGACUAUUAUGAAUAUGACCCCGCCAUGUUCGAUGGAUUUGAACCAUGUGUAUAUACGCGACACGGAGCAACUUUUCUUCCUGCCAUCUACAUCAUUUUCUUCCUGCUGGGCGUUCUGGGUAACUCUCUGGUUUUCUGGGUCAUUACUUGUGGAGCGCGACUCCGCACCAUGACCGACGUGUGCUUGUUAAACUUGGCCAUUGCUGACCUCCUUUUGGUGUGUUGCCUGCCCUUCCUAGCCCACCAAGCCUGGGACCAGUGGGUGUUUGGGGAUGCUAUGUGCAAAAUAGUCUUGGGCAUUUAUCAUAUCGUCUUUUACUGUGGGAUAUUUUUUAUCACUCUAAUGAGCAUUGAUCGGUACUUGGCUAUAGUGCAUGCUGUUUGUGCUAUGAGAGCACGUACACGCUCCUUUGGAAUGAUCGCAGCUGCUGUUACAUGGGGAGCGGGAUUUCUGGCUUCUUUUCCUGACCUGAUCUUCCUCCAAGAGCAAAGAAAUGUGUCGGGACAGCACACUUGCUAUCCUGGAUUUCCAGACGUGAGUUCCAGUCUUCAUUUUUGGCAGGUCUUCAGCAUCGCUAAAAUGAACAUUGUAGGCCUGCUCAUUCCGAUCAUCAUUCUGGGUUUCUGCUACUCACAGAUCAUCUGGAGGUUACUGAACAGCCAGUCAUCCAAGAAACAAGCUAUCCGCCUUGUUGUCAUAGUGGUAGCUAUUUUCUUCUGUUGCUGGAUUCCCUACAACCUUGCGUCACUUGCCCGAGCACUGGAGCUAAAGCACCGGUUUUUAGAUUGUGGGCACAGCAAAGCCGUCAGACUGGCUUUACAAAUCACAGAGGCCAUUGCUUACUCUCACAGUUGCCUCAACCCCAUCCUGUAUGUGUUUGUCGGGGAGAAGUUCAGGAGGCACCUGUUGCGGAUGAUAAACAGAUCUCCCUGCAGACUGUGCCAGCUGAUCAAGGUCUUCAUACCACAGGACAGAAUUUCUACAUCAGUCUACUCACAAACUACCAGCGUGGAUGAGAGGAGCACUGCUAUGUAGUGAACUACAGUUGGGGGAUGUGCUUCUUUUCAUUUUUUCAUGUCCAGUAAAAAUAGAUCACUGUGGCUUAUUGUCACUUCUAGAGUGUUAAGGUUUGGCACUUGUGAAUGUAUGCAUGUGACUGUAUAUUAAUAUAAUGUACCACAGAUAUGUAUUUUUACUCUGUUUUUGUACUUCUAUGAGUUAUGACCAAAAUGUAUGCAAUUCCAUUAUAAAUCUGAUUUUGAAUACUUUGGUGUAUCUUCACCUGGGACGAUGAGUCACAGUUAGACUUGUUGCAGUUUGUUUUGCCGCUGGCUCUUUACUUAGCACGAAACUGUGUCAACUACAACAUCUGUCAGCAGCUACGGCAACGUCAUCCAGUUUAAGUGGGGAAACGCACCACCAUGAAAAGUUACAUGUCACAGUAGCCUACAUUUUUAUCCAAACACGAUGACCCCCCUCACAGUUGUACCCGUUGCAUCAGUCUGCGCACAGGAAAUCGUGUUCAGUGCAACUUUGCAGAUUCAGCAGUGUAGGUUGCCUAGCAUCAUUAGCAGAACAUUUGCACUUUACCCAACACAGAGAAAACCACAACCUGAAAGAGGAAGCAUGAAACCAAGCUGUUAGUUUAACCUUUGCAGUCUUUGUGCACAUCCGAGCCGUUUGUUAUCAAGUGACUUCAUAGUUCUGCUGGUUUUUCUCGUGAUAUUAAUCAGGAUUGCAAGAAAGAAGUCCCUUUUUACAAGAGUUUAUCGAUGGGCAUGCAGACAGUUCCUCUUUCAGCUUCUUUGUUUCAAUGCCCGGAUGGAUGACAAAUUACAGGAAAAAUCGCAAAAAUUCCAGGCUGCAUUUUACUGGAUCCUCUAAGAGAAGGGGAGCUCUGAAUCAGUAGAAAGUUGUUCUCAUAUGAAUUGAUAUCAUUAUUACUAUUAUGAUAUUAUUACCCCCACCCCCCUUUUCCAGGAAAACAGUCAUAAGGAGUCCCUGAAUUGUCUGAUAAAGCUUGGUUCUAUCUUUUCACCUAUAAUUCUGCUGAUGUUUUUUUUUCCAUAUUUGCUUCAGUUUCCAGUUUUUUGAUAGUUUUUGUAACAUAAACAUUUCUGGUUUCUGUCAAAUGGGUCCAGUCAUUGGGGCCACAAGAAUUCCGAUUCGGUUUUUGGGGUAAUUUAAAUGUUUGAUCAGUCUUUGUGUUGUAUUUUCUCAUUCCUGUUUAAAAAACGUGUUUGUAAUCAGCUGACAAUACAGAAUAAAGGUGUUAUAUUUCUAUGGUAAGUGCG